UGUAACAAGAGGUGGAUAAGGUACAUACCUCCGGGCUUCCACGGCGAUGUGGAGCCCACUAAGUCCAAUCCUAUCCCCUCAAUCCAAAUGCCGAUCAUGCCCGGAGCUUUGAGGUGCGACUAGGUACGCUGACUCCGGCAGGUUGCAUGUGAGGUGCGAUCUCAGUCAGAAAUUUCAUCACAUCUUCACAACAUCAAACUCAAAUAUCUCGGCUAUAGCGCUUCUUAUCUCAAGAGGGAACAGCUGAUAGAUCGUCGUGAAGCCAACAUCAUCACGCCUUCAUCGUCUCAAGUAACUGCCUGCCGUUCAUUCUAAGACGAUGGCAACCGUGGAGCAGAAAUCACCAUCCAACCCACGGCAGAAAAUGAAUUAUGCCUGCGAAGCAUGUCGCGCAGCCAAGACAAGAUGUCAGUCGGGUCCUCAGCCCGAUAUCUGCAAGAGAUGCUCCGAGUUCAAGCGGGAGUGCAUUUUUCGCACAGGCCCGCGUACUCGCCGGCCUAGGACUUCUUCGCGUAUAGACUCCGAGGCAGCCAGUCUCCCCCCACCGCCUGGCCCAAGCAAGACGUUCAGUAUAGACUUUGAAAUGCCAGCAGAAGCUGAAACCAACGACGACUUUGAGAAGCUGCGGCAACAUCACGAGCGCGUCCUAGAAGACCUGGUGCUCCAAGACGACGACCAAAACGAGAGCAAGCCUGAGGCCAGCGAGAGUGUCAUGAACAUACUGACUGGCCGUGUUCCCGAGCCCAAAACAUUCAGCUUUAACGACAUGUCUUCAGCACCUUCCGUCUCACUUUCAGGGACAAGCUCUUCUUGGACAGAGUCCUCUGCAAGAAACCUGGCAGCGCAGAAAUCUAAGCCUUUAAUGAAUCUUGGCAUCAAGCCGCAAUUCAACCUUGAUAGCGCCGCAAAGCUGCUGGCCUCGUUCCGCGAAAUGCUGCCUCACAUGCCGUGUCUUGUACUUCCCGAGAAUUUGGACGUACGGUCUCUUGCGAGGCACUCGCCCUUCGUCUUACUAGCUAUUCUCGCCGUUACGAGUUGCUCAACGAGCCUCCAGGGCCAUAGUUUAUACGACGAGGAGUUCCGCAAAGUUCUGGGCCUCAAAUUUGUUGCCGGCGGUGAGCGAUCACUGGAAUUAUUACAAGGGAUAUUGAUAUACUGCGCUUGGUACCCAUUCCACCUACGGCCCAGAAACAAGCAAUCAUUCCAGUAUCUCCGGAUGGCGGUAGACAUAGUUCACGACCUCGAAAUGGACCAAGAGCCUGACGUCGAUCUCCCCUCACUAGUGCCAAACCAACGUGCCCGCAAACUAGACGACAUUCGCGCUCUAUUGUGCUGUUUCUACAGCAUGUCUGCGUUCUCGGCGACUUGGAACAGGCCGUCUACACUCCGAUAUAGUCCGCAGCUCUCACGGUGUGCCGAGGUCCUUGACCGUAACAGCGAGCUGGAGCAAGAUCACCAUCUCGCCUGGCUUGUGCGCUUCCAGUAUAUCUUCGAGGAGCUCAUCGACGUGCAGCGCAACUUUGAGCGCGGGCCCCGAGACCACCAGAGCGAGAUGCAGCGGAAUCUUAUCCGUGCUGGUCUCGAGGCGCAGUUCCGGGACUUCAAGCAGAAGAUGCCAGAGCAGUACGCUUCCACGACAAGCAUCUUCCUCGCAUCCCAGGUAACAGAAGCCAUCAUGCUCGCUCCGGCGCUCAUGCGCAUACCUCGGAAAUUCGGCGCCCAGGAUGCCGAGCAAGCAAGCUCCAGGAGCCUACUCCACGCAGCGCAGGUCAUCCGCUCAGUAUUCGACCAUAUAUUAUCGCUCAUGCCCCGCCCGUUCGCGGGCUUCUGCGGCGCCGACUACGGGCGCUUCAUCGUCACCAUGGUCUUCUCGUAUCGGCUCUCGUUCCCAUUGCUAGCGUCGUGCCGCGACUACGACGUCGCGCAGGGGCGACGGAUUCUCGACCUCGGGGCCGUUCUACAGCAACUCGUGGACUCGGCCGAGGAUGAUAUCCAGGAAAACGGAGAAGCUGCAAAGGGCAAGAAAGCAGGGGCUCCUGCUGGUGUUGGUAAGAAGUCGAAGAAAACGGACGCUGCUUCUGCGCUUAAGGUCGUCCUCCGCUCGGUCAAGGUCAAGUUCGACGAGAAGAGCGCCGCGUUCGAGGCCAUGUCUGCUGCGGCCACGGGCGAGGAAUGGGCUGUCAGGGACUCGGGGUCGAGCUGUCCCAUGAUUAACGGGAGUCUGGAUUCGUAUAUCUCGCUGUGGGCGGGACAGCAGCAGCCGCAGACGCAGGGUACCGGAUCGUACGCGACGAGCCUCACGAGUAGCUCCGGUCUCGCGACGACGGAGGCUGCGUCGAGUAUUCCGGGGUUGGAUUCUGGGGCGUCAUUCGUCGGACCCAUGGCGCAGAUGGAAUUAAGCGGGGAGGAUAAACCGUUGAUGUAUCACGAUCUCUGGACGAGUAUGACUUUGGGGUGGGCGGGAGAUAUGGGAGAUGUGAACAUGGAAGACAUUGUGAACAUGGGCUACGGGGAAUUUCUUGAGCAAAGUUGAUCAUUUAUUUGGCAUGUUCGAUGCGAUGUUUCUCACAUCUGGGAUACCACCUUGUGAUUUAGCUAUUGUCACACGUAAAGGAUUCUGUUUUCAUUUUCAUAUACACCAAAAAGUUGUAUUGUAU